AUGGAAGCUCCUCUCUUUCUUCUUACCCUUUUUCUCAUCUCUCUUAUAAACCCAAUUUCAGCCGUUGAUUUCAUCUUCAACGGCUUCGAUGACUCUCCCUCUCCUUCCUCGCGUCUCUCUCUCUUCGGGAUCGCGAAAAUCGAAUCAAAAAUCUUAACUUUAACAAACCAAACAUCGUUUUCAACUGGUCGUGCUUUAUACAGCCAAAUCAUUCCGACCAAAGAUCCAGUAACUUCCUCUGUUCUACCUUUCUCUACUUCCUUCAUCUUCACUAUGGCUCCUUCCAAAAACACUCUUUCUGGUCACGGAAUCGUUUUCCUCUUCGCACCGACCACUGGAAUCAAUGGAACUAGCUCUGCUCAACACUUGGGCCUCUUCAAUCUCACCAAUAAUGGUAACCCUAAUAACCAUGUCUUUGGAGUUGAGUUCGAUGUCUUUGCUAAUCAAGAAUUCAACGACAUCGACGCUAAUCAUGUCGGAAUCGAUGUUAAUUCGCUUAGUUCUGUCUAUUCGAACACAUCUGGGUUUUGGUCUGAUGGUGAUGGUAAUGGGAAUCGAGUGUUUAAGCCAUUGAAGCUUAACGAUGGAAGAAAUUAUCAGGUUUGGAUUGAUUACAGAGAUUUUGUAAUCAAUGUUACUAUACAGGUCGCAGGUGAGAUUCGACCUAAGAUUCCUUUGCUUAGUAAGUCUUUGAAUCUCUCUGGAGUUUUGGAAGACGAAAUGUUUGUUGGAUUCACUGCAGCUACAGGGAGAUUGGUUCAAAGUCAUAUGAUUUUAGCUUGGAGUUUUAGUAACUCGAAUUUCUCGUUGGGUGAUAGUUUGAUCACUACUGGUUUGCCUUCGUUUGUUAUACCGAAAGAAUCGAUCGUUAAAUCGAAAUGGUUUGUUUCGGUAUUGGUGUUGAUCUGUUUCUUGGUAGUUUCUUUGAUUGGUUUGGUGGCUUUUGUUGUGGUGAGAAAGAGAUUAGAGAGGGAGAGGAAGAGAGCGUUGAUGGAGGAUUGGGAAAUGGAGUAUUGGCCUCAUCGGAUUUCGUAUGAGGAGAUUGAAUCAGGAACUAAAGGUUUCGAUGAGAAGAAUGUGAUUGGGAUUGGUGGGAAUGGGAAAGUGUAUAAAGGUUUGUUACAAGGAGGGGUUGUAGAAGUUGCGGUUAAGCGGAUUUCGCAGGAGAGUAGCGACGGGAUGAGGGAGUUUGUAGCUGAGAUCUCGAGUCUUGGACGGUUAAAACACCGGAAUUUAGUUUCUUUAAGAGGUUGGUGCAAGAAAGAUAUUGGUAGUUUCAUGUUGAUUUAUGAUUACAUGGACAAUGGAAGUUUAGACAGAUGGAUUUUCGAGCGAGAUGAUAAGAAAUAUACGCUUAGUUGCGAAGAAAGGAUCCAGAUUUUGAAAGGCGUAGCUUCGGGGAUAUUGUAUUUGCAUGAAGGAUGGGAAUCUAAGGUUUUACAUAGAGACAUUAAAGCAAGCAAUGUGUUACUUGACCGAGAUAUGAUCCCUAGGCUUAGCGAUUUUGGAUUAGCUCGGGUACAUGGGCACGAGCAAGCGAUUAGGACCACAAGAGUUGUUGGUACAGCCGGGUAUUUAGCUCCUGAAGUGGUUAAGACAGGGCGUGCAUCGACACAAACCGAUGUUUUUGCUUAUGGGAUAUUAGUUCUUGAAGUUAUGUGUGGGAGGAGACCAAUUGAAGAAGGGAAGAAACCGUUAAUGGAUUGGGUUUGGGGAUUAAUGGAGAAAGGUGAGAUUCUGAGAGGGCUCGAUCCUCGGAUGACGACAUCACAAGCCAUUGAUGAGGCCGAGAGAGUUUUGCAGCUUGGUUUGCUUUGCGCACAUCCUGAUCCGAGAAAGAGACCGUCAAUGAGACAAGUGGUUCAAGUGUUUGAAGGUGAUAAAGCUGAGAUCUUUGAAGCGGAAAGUAGUGAAGAUGUUGAGUCUUGGAUGCUAAAGAAGAUGGGAUCUCGCGGAAGCUCGCAAGAGUUUUGGUAUGGAAGCUCGUCACAUCCGACGAUAGAACAGAUCAGACUUCACUCAUUGUCUGUGUCUCUUUCGUCUUGGAAUAGCUCUAUACUAGAAGGUAGGUGA